CCGAUCAAAGCUAAGUUGAUCAGUGUGCUGAUGUAAACAGCUGGACAGUGUUCACAUAUAGAGCUUGGCCGUGUGUCGAUGUGGUAGACUUUUGGCUAGUGUAUUGAUAUUGUUUACUGAACAUCGUGUUAGUGUGUCUGUAUGGUAAACACUUCAACUGGAGCCCUAAUUGGUUGAAGAAGCAACUAGAGAUCCCAAAGAUGGAAUCAGAUGGUCAGGUGACCACCUCUGAAGAGAUAGAAGAUAUAACCCCUCAAGCAAACAACAACUGCGGCGCCACAGCCAGCAGUCAGGUCAAAUGGAAGAAAGACAUGCUCACAGAUAUGGAACCAAUUGAAGGGAAACGACAAACAACAAAAGCCAAAAUCUCUGUCAACCGACCAUGCAAAGAACAUUCAUUUCUAACUGAUGUGGCUGAUGUCCGGAUGAUGGAACAAGGUUUACUACAGCUACUUGAUGAUUUUCAUUCUGGGAAACUCCAAGCUUUCGGUGUUGAUUCCUCCUGUGAGAAAAUGGAUCAAAUUCGGGAGCAACAAGAAAGACUAGCUCGCCUUCAUUUUGACCUUGAUCUUCAGCAAGAUUUACACAGACUAGACACAGAUAUGGCUCGUAAAACUGCAAAUGACAAUCUUGGAAAACUGAUCGAUCAGUUACAAAGUCUCAGUACAUCCAUACAAACUUUACAGCAGAAAGAUGUUCCGCUUAACAAUGCCAGUAGCCCCUAAAAACAAAAACAAAAAAAGAGACAGUACAACCAGCUUACCUACCAGUAAUUCUCCCCCACUAACAACUGGGGACCAGUCAAAUUACCAGUGACAGCCCCUUUCCUCUAAACGAUAGGGACUCUGUGUAAUUUUCGCUAAAAACUAACUUAUCUGGAAGAACAAGCAAAAAUGAAACCUUCAUUAUUUAAAGGAAAAUAAUAAUAAUAAUAAUAAACUAAACAAGUAUUUAAAAACAAUGCAUAAAAAAAUUAAAAGCUAAAGCACCAAAUAACAAUCUAAAUGAAUUAUUCCUUUAAAAAAAAAGAUGGAUUUUUUUUCGAGAUUUUUUUUUUGUAUUUAUAUUUUCUGUUGUCAUCAUCAGCAACAUUUACCAAGACAUAACAUUCCCAUUGAUGUGAAACUGUAUGUGACCAGACAGUUUGGUUGGUUUCUGUUUUUUUCUUUAUUCAAAAUGCUGAAUUAUUUAUUGCUGUCAGUUAGGUCGUUUGUGUGUGGGUGUGGGUGUGUAAAAAAUUCACUAUUAAUGGUUCUUUAACAACUAUUUAUUAUUCACUUUUGAAUUGGUUACCUUACCAUUUCUGUUUUGUUACAUUUGUUCUUAUCCUCUUCCUCUAUCUUAUCUUUUCUUUUAAUUUCAAUCCCUGCCUCUCUCUUCCUCUCCUCCUCACUAUCCCUUCCUUCCUAUAUUUCCUUUCUUUCUCUCUCAUUCCUAUUCCCCCCACACUUCUCUUCUCUCUUUUCCCCCAUUAUAUUUUUUUAAAUUAUAAAAUUAAUUUUUUAUCAAUUUAAUAAUAAAAUGUACAUUUUAAUGAACUUAGAAACUAUUAUUUUUGUUCUUGUUAUAAAUAAAUAUAUGUAUUAAGGUAAAAAAGAACAAAAUAUCUAUUUAACUUUUAUCAAAAUGCAAGUCUUGGUUUUUUUUUUUGGUUUUUUUUUCGCUUUUUUGGUUUUAUGUAUUUAGUUUUUUACAAAAGAAUGGCCUGGAAUAAUGUAUUUUUCAGUGAAGUUCUUCCUUCCCAGAAAAGUUAAUUUUGGUGAAUGAUUAUCAAUUAGGAACUGUCACCCGAACACUUUUGAAGAUUUAACAUUUGUAAUAAUAAUGUUCAAUAUGUUUAAUGGUGAAAUCCUAUAAACAUUUGUCAUAGCAAUUCUGUUUUGGAAAAGUGGAUCUCAAAGCACACAUGAAGCUAUGAAUAAUAUAGCAUGUAAAUAUUAGGUUGAAAAACCUUUUUGAAAAAAAAAAAAAGUUAAAGGCUGCAUGUUGGAUUUGAACCUGCAUUGCCAACAGAUAUGACAGGAUGUUCUAACAUUGUACCAAAGCAAUCUUUUGAAUUUCUCUAUCCAUUUUAGAAACUAUAUUCUUACCAGCAAGAACUGUAUGUUGUUUAUGCCAUAGGAAUUUUAUAAACUUCCAAAACAACGUGAAGCAAUUUCUGUUUUGGAAUAGUGGAUCUCGAAGCACAUAUAAAGCUGUAAAUGAUUUACAUGUUAUUAUUUAUAGCUUUAUUAGCACACUGCAUUUUCUCUAGAACUGUUUUCCCUGCCACUACCCUGGAGCUACAGGGGAGAUAACUCAUACAGUGACAUGAUGCACCUACAAUGCAUUGAAGGUUAAGAUCCACUAUUCCAAAAAAGAAUUGUUUCACAUUUUCUUGAAAGAUUAUAAAAUCCUUAUGAUGCCAACAAUUUGUAAAUAGUGUUCAAUACAUUUAUGGUGAUUCCGAUAAACAUUAUGAAAUUAUGACUUGAUAAAAAAAAAACACAACUUUCUUGUGUGAUUUGCUGGGUGAAGAGUUGAAUGGUGUUUGGUAAGAAAGGUAAAUUCAUGUCAAUCAGUUGGCUUGACUUCAGUCAGUUUGAAGAAACAGCAGAUUUUACUGUGGCCAGAUUACAAAUUUAGGGCAAUUUGAAAAUUAAAGGAUUAACCAUUAUUUAUGUUGUUGUUGUCACCCUUGCAUUGUUUCUGAUGAUUUCAUUGAUUUAGUUAAAUGAGAAGGUUGGAGUUGUUUGUUGUCAAUAUAGUUAUAGUUUCAUUUUAAAUAUUUUUCAUCAAUCAAGGCUUUCUAGGCAGAAAGAAAACAGAAAAUUGAAAAAGAAACCGGAGAGUUCCAUGUUGAUUGGUGGCAUGCAAUAAUUUGUGUGUGAACACGCAUUAGUGUGUAUGUGUGUGCGUGAAUUUUUACCAUCUUCAAUAGUGCAAAUAUUUAUUUUAGUUUCACCAUCCCAGAUGGUUCACCAUAUUCUGGUUUGAAUAUUAGUGUGGAACAACAAACUAGUGAGAUACUUCAAAAAGUAUUUUGCUGGCAUCCAGAUGCCAUCAUUGGCCUAAAUAUAUCUUUCACAUACAUGCACACACACACAAAUAUAUACCCACAUACAUAUCUGCAGACAUAUGCUCAAACUCACAGGGUAUUGAACAUUCCAAUUCCAUUAAUAAAUGUUUAUUCUACAAA